CUUCCCCCCGCAGCCCGGCGUGCUCCAACAGCAGCGGGCGGGCCAACAAGGAUGAAGCGCAAGGCCACCAAGAGAAAACCAAUCCCCUUGGUCCCGCCGGCCAUCCGAUCGAGGAAAAAAGCGAGGCAGAUCGUCACCACCUUCCACAAGCUAGAGAAGGAGGCCGACGAGGUGUCGUCGAGCACUGCCCCCGACAAACAGGCACGGCUUGAGCGAUUAGAGCGCGAACUGGACGAAAUGGGAGGGAGGCAGGCUUACCAGAGCGCGAGCUUGCUAAGCGUCAGCUUUCACAACACUUCAAAGUGGGUUACGAAGCAGCUCGCGGGCAAGAUGGGCUUACGGCCGGCCAACGGAGAACCGCCACUGCGGGUGCUUGAGGUGGGUGCCAUCAACACUCGUCUGUUGGACGUGCCGUGGUUGGACGUGAGGGCGAUCGACCUCAAGUCGCAGCACCCACGGAUCGAGGAGCGCGACUUCUUCUCUUUGGAGCCAGCGGGAGAAUACGAUGUGGUUUCUUCAAGCAUGGUGAUCAACUGUGUCCCGACGGCCAAGGGCAGGCACGAGAUGCUGGUGGGGUACCGAAGUCACCUUCGCAACGGCGGGCACCUCUUCCUCGUUCUCCCCCUCCUCUGCCUCACGAAGAGCACACGGACUACGCGAGAGUCUUUCUUGGAAACCCUCUCGCGAAUUGGAUUCAUGGUCGUCGCGAAAAAGGAGACCCCAAAAGUGGCGUUUUUUUGCUUGAGGAACACACGGCUGGAGGCCCGGGACGUUCAAGUUGGCGGGUCCUCGCUAGCCACGAAAGAAGGCGGGACGAGGGGUGCGGGAGCGGCGAAGGGGACCUCCAGAAAGAGAAAUCGUGGAGCAAAUGACUUUGCUGUAUCACCGUAGCUUUAUUGCGUUGCCCGAUGUGCAGUGGUGUUUGCUCUCUGACUUUCGUAGGAUGGAAUCGGGCGUGCAUCUGGAUGGCACGGAUGGUGGUCCUGCUUUGUCGGUUGUUUAGAAUAGAUGAUCUGGCAUGUAGUCAAAUUCAUGAUUAUUGACAUGUGCUGG